AUGUUCAAGACAACGGGAAAACUUCUGUACUCCGUGAAGGUGAGUGAACCCACGAGGGAGGAUGCAACGGGGGCAUACAGGAACCCUGAGUAUAAGGAUAAGCUGUUUGAUAAUUUCGAAGAUAAUCCUUUGAACAAUAUGUGGGAAAUGUUCGACCAGGUGGCAAAGAAGUAUAAGGACCGAGAUUGUUUAGGAACGCGAGUGAAGGUGGACAACAAAUUGGGUCCUUACAAAUGGAAAUCAUUCACAGAAAUACGAGAAUUAAUUUUAGCAGUAGGAUCAGGUUUAGUGAAUACGAAUGCAUGUCCAGUGAUCAGAUGUGAUGAUACAAAAGUAACAAGGGCAAGAUUUCUGGGGUUCUACAUGCCAAAUUGUGAAGAGUGGAAUAUUUGCGAUUUGAGUUGUAGUGCAUUUAAUAUAGUAACAGUGCCUUUAUACGAUUCAUUAGGUGUAGAGUCGAGUAAAUUUAUUCUAGAGCAGACAUUAAUGCAGACGAUUAUUUGUAACAAAGCAUGCGCCAUGAAUUUGUUCAAAUCGCUAGAUUUGUGUGAAAGGAUAUAUUUAAAAAAACUUAUUCUCGUGGAGAACGAAGCUGAUACGGAAAUUAAGGAAGCCUGUGAAAAACACCAGCUAACAAUUAUCCUUUGGAAAGACCUAGUCGAAUCUGGGAAGAAGAAAUUACAAGAACCGAGGCCAGGCAAUUUAAAAGAUAUUGCAUGUAUAUGCUACACAUCUGGCACAACAGGAUACCCCAAAGGAGUUAUAAUGACAAAUGGAAAUUUCGUAGCCCAGCUAGCUUCCUCAAUAACAGGUCCUUCAAGAAUGACCCUUUUGGAUAUUAACGAAAAUGACACCCACAUUUCAUACCUGCCACUGGCCCAUAUAUAUGAAAGAAUUAUGGUGCUUGUUUUCUGUGCACAGGGGGUAAGAACUGGAUACUACUCGGGGAAUGUACAAACAUUAGUGGAAGACAUUCAAGAGUUGAAACCAACAUUGUUUAUUAGUGUUCCGAGAUUGUACAACAGAAUCCAUGAACGCAUAUUCAAUUCAUUAAAAAAAAAAUCAUCAGUGGUUCAAUCCUUGUUUAAUAAGGGUUUGGAGCAUAAAAUAAAAAAACUAAACAAUAAUGGUAUUCCCUUUCACUUCUUCUGGGAUAAACUCGUUUUCAACAAGGCCAAGAAAAUUCUUGGAGGAAACGUUCGAGCUAUGUUGAACGGAUCGGCACCUAUAAGUCCAGAUGUAGUAAAGAAAUUGAAGGCAGUUUUUUCUGUACCCAUUUUUGAAGGUUACGGAAUGACAGAAACCCUUGGUCCAGCUUUUAUUUCGCAUAGCACAGAUGUGAAUAUAGGACACAUAGGGGGUCCUGUUCCCUGCGUUGAAUAUAGAGUUGUAUCCGUACCGGAAAUGAACUACCUAAUUACGGACAACCCACCUAGAGGAGAAUUGCAUUUGAGGGGGCCAGCUAUCACUAAUUUGGGUUAUUUCAAAUUGGAAAAGGAAACGAAUGAUUUUAUUGACAAUGAGGGAUGGAUAAGCACAGGUGACAUUGUAUCCUUUAGUGAAAAUGGGUCGAUUACCAUUAUUGAUAGGAAGAAGAACAUUUUCAAAUUAUCGCAAGGGGAAUACAUAGCUGUGGAGAAAAUCGAAUCCGUUUACAGACAAUCUCUCUAUAUUAGCCAGAUCUUCGUUUUUGGAUAUUCAUACGAAUCUGUGCUUGUGUGUAUUGUCUGCCCCUCCUUGGACACCAUAGAGAUAUGGAAAAAUCAGAAGAAAAUUAACAAGACCGAUGAGGAGGUGAUGCAGAUGCCCGAAUAUAAAAGGGAUGUUAUUGAUGAUCUCAUCAAAAUGGGGAAGAAGGAUGGAUUGAAGGGAUACGAACAAAUUAAGGAUGUGUACUUUGCUACGGAACCCUUCACCAUCGAAAACGAUUUGCUCACACCAACCGGCAAGAUCAAGAGGCACGCUGUACAGAAGAAGUACAAGGAACAGAUCGAUGAAAUGUACAGGCAACUGAAGGCGGCGGCUUGA